AUGAGGUUUACUUUGUUUGCUCUGUUGACAACGACUGCCGUUCUGGACGGAGUUAAGGGGCGAGAGAUACAUGUUUUCAACUAUGGAGAAGCUGGUGCUUCUCCCCAAAAGAACGGCGCGCAGGAGGGCGCCGUUUCAGGUACGAUUGAUUUGGACGAGGUGUGGUACCCCGUUCCGUUGUAUGCUGGUGAGGGGCAAUGUAGGUGCUCUUCAAUCUCAAUCAGCGAUCUUGAUAUGAACCCGAAGGUAUACUAUGGCACAGACGACUUUUACGUAUCUGAACAAGAGUGUCUGUACCAGUACUCACAGUUACCCUAUGAAUUCUGCUCUUUUGAAGGCAGUGCCUUGUUUAAGGACGCUCUUGUGGACAGGGUGAUUUCUUUAACCAACGACCACACUGUUGAGUAUUGCAAAGGCCUCUACCGCGCUCAAAACAUCGGCAAGUUUUUAGCCAGCGACUGUACUGUCAUUGGCUCACUUCGGCACCAGCUGCAAACGCAACGCAUUGCGGAACAAACCACCCGCUUGGUGCAUUCUGCCGACCACGAAACGCACGGACCAGACGAGCUCGCGCUCGACGACCAUACCGACUCGUGGGCUGAUGAAACCACACAGCAAAAGAUCAAACAACCCGCCUCUGAGUGCGAGCCGGAAUGCCAGA